AAUUGUAACUCAAAUUUCAGGUCAUCCAAAGGGGUGGAAGAGGUGCACCAAGCUGAUUACAAUAUUCCGCAAGGCUUUGAUCCAGCACUGGAUGAGAGCCUUGCGGAAUUCGGUUUGCGUCUUCUGCGAGCUGACUCUGAUGUUUCCUCAAAGGUGAUAUCACCGGCUUCGGCUGCAGUCGCACUUGCAAUGGUCUAUGCUGGUGCUAAUGGAAAGACAAAAUCUCAGAUUGAAGCAGUCCUAGCUAAAGGUAUUGACUAG